UUCCGGUCCGGAAUAAGGCCUGCGGUGGGAGGAGUAAGGAAGGCGGAGGGAACCAUGCGAGAUUCUGAGAGCUGCGGUGGGGGUCGCCUUGAGAGACCGUUUCUGAGGAAUUCCGAAAUCCCCUACACUUCCUCCCUCAGGGGGAUUUGAUCCCCCAUGGCCAACGAUGCUAACAGUAUUAUCGUGCUGGAUGAUGAUGAUGACGAAGAUGAAGCAACUGCUCAGCCAGGGCCCUCCCACCCACCCCCCAAUCCGGCUUCACCCAGGGCAAAAGCCCCUGGUUCCUCCCAGUCCCAAGGGGCUGAAGGAAGCAGUAGUUCUGGCGGCCAGAGAUGCUACAAGUUGGAGAAUGAGAAGCUCUUUGAAGAGUUCCUUGAACUGUGUAAGAUGCAGACGGCGGACCACCCUGAGGUGGUCCCAUUCCUCUAUAACCGGCAGCAGCGUGCCCAUUCUCUAUUUUUGGCCUCAGCGGAGUUCUGCAACAUCCUCUCUCGGGUCCUUUCUCGGGCUCGGAACCGGCCAGCUAAACUCUAUGUCUACAUUAACGAGCUCUGCACUGUUCUUAAGGCCAACUCAGCCAAGAAAAAGCUGAACCUGGCUCCAGCUGCCACCACAUCUAGUGAGCCCUCUGAGAAUAACCCUCCCACAGACCUCUCUGUGAACCCCACAAAUGCUGAGGCCACUGCACCUGAGGUCCCAAGGACCCGUGGUUCCCGGAGACAGAUCCAGCGCUUGGAGCAGCUACUGGCACUCUAUGUAGCAGAGAUCCGGAGACUGCAGGAAAAGGAGUUGGAUUUAUCAGAAUUAGACGACCCAGACUCCACAUACCUACAGGAAGCAAAGUUGAAGCGUAGGCUGAUUCGCCUCUUUGGGCGGUUGUGUGAGCUGAAAGACUGCUCUUCACUGACUGGCCGUGUCAUAGAACAACGCAUUCCCUACCGUGGCACUCGGUACCCAGAGGUUAACAGGCGCAUUGAGCGGCUCAUCAACAAACCUGGGCCUGAUACCUUCCCUGACUAUAGAGAUGUGUUGCAAGCAGUAGAGAAGGCAGCCACUAGGCACAGUCUUGGCCUUCCCAGGCAGCAGUUGCAACUGAUGGCUCAGGAUGCCUUCCGAGAUGUGGGUAUCAGAUUACAAGAGCGACGCCAUCUUGAUCUCAUCUACAACUUUGGCUGUCACCUCACAGAUGACUAUAGGCCAGGCAUUGACCCUGCAUUAUCAGACCCUGCCCUAGCCCGACGCCUGAGGGAAAACCGGAGCCUGGCUAUGAGCCGGCUAGAUGAGGUCAUUUCCAAAUAUGCUAUGAUGCAAGAUAAAAGUGAGGAGGAUGAGAGACAAAAGAGAAGAACUCGUCUCCCCCAAGGCCCCUCCUCCCACUCUGCAGACCUUCCUAAAGCCUCCUUGGAUUCUGGUGAGGGUCCUAGUGGAAUGGCAUCCCAGGAAUGUCCUACUACAUCCAAGACUGAAACAGAUGAAGAUGAGGAAAGUGAGGAGGAAGAGGAAGAGGAGGAGGAAGAAGAGGAGGAGGAGGAGGAAGAGGAAGCCACAGAUUCUGAAGAGGAGGAGGAUCUGGAACAGAUGCAGGAAGGUCAGGGGGACAAUGAAGAGGAAGAGGAAGAAGCAGAUGAGGAUGGAGACAAGAGUCCCAUAACCCCACCACAGAUCUUCACAGAAAAGAACUUGGAACCUAGCAAAGACACUAGGUCUUCAGGGGAGCAACAAAGUAAAGGACUCAUGGUAUCACCAUCUUCACUAUCAGAAGAGCCUCUGGUCCCUUCCAGCAUAAAUGCUGAAAGCAAUGGAGAACACCAGGAGGAUUUGCCCAUGGCAGAAGAGAGCCCUAUGUCCCAGCUCUUUGAGCUAGAGAUUGAAGCUUUGCCCCUCGAUGGUACCCCUUCCCCUGAGGAGACAGACAUUUCCUCUUCCAGAAAGCAACCAGAGGACACUCUUAUCUUGGAGAAUGGAGCAGCCGUGGUCACUUCCACUUGCUUCAAUGGAAGUGUCUCUCCUCACACUGAGGAAGAUUACAUUCCUCCCUGCAAGAAACCUCGGAAGGAGAAGCAAACAGAAGCAGAGUCAUUAGGAAAAAGCUAUAUGGAGAAACAACAAAGCCCAUUGCCUGUGAAGAAUGGGAAGGAGAUAUGUACUCUGUCAAGUUCAUCUUCCCCAUUGACUUCUCCGAUGACCCCAGCUGCUGAUUCCUCCACAAGAGUGGAUUCUCCUAGUCAUGGCCUGGUGACCAGCUCCUUUUCUAGCCCUUCACCAGCCCAGUUAUCCCAAACAACUCAGUCACAACCCUCUUGGCCUGGCACAUACAAGAUGAGUGUGGCCACACAGUGUGAUCCAGAGGAAAUCAUCGUGCUUUCAGAUUCUGAUUAGUUGCCUCCAAAAUACUUUGGAUAGUAUUUAGGGUGGUGAGAAGCAGAUGAUUGAGGAAGGGAUGGACUGAGCAAAUCCCCAUUUGGUGGUGUUUAAAAAAGCCACGGAAGUUUUACACACAAACAUUAAUAAAGUUCUUUUCUUAUUGUA